AAAAUGAAAAGCUACAACCAAAGAAAAAAUCUUUAGAACUAUAGAAGUGGGAUGAAGAUAAACAUCAGCUUUCCUUUCCAGAGAACACGAUACGAGGAACAAAGAUGGGAGGAGGAGCCGCGCAUGUAGACCUUGCCGUGAUCAAUUGCAAGACUUGCUCCAAUCCCAUAACCUCUCUACCUUCUCCUCCUUCAGCUUCCACUCUCAAUUUUCCUGUUUCAGCCAAUAACACUACACUUGCACAGUCUUGUAUUGCUUCUGAAACUGGUACAGGAACCGGAAAACUGCUUGGAAAACAAGAUAAAAGGGUAUUAUAUAAGGAUAUAUUUGGCCUUGUUCCCUGUCAAUUCGAAGUUGAAAGUGCCAUAGUUGCUCUUCAAGAAUUUCUGCAGAGGAUUUCUUCAUCUAGUUCACAGUGUAAUAGGCUGCUGCAAAUGUUGGAUAAAAGGGUUGAAGAUGUUUUUCGUUUGCUGCAAACAGACCCAGUUAUUAAGAGGCUGGUGGUUUCGCUGGCAUCUGAUAAACAUGUUUGGGAUGCUGUAAUGAACAAUCAGAUGAUGCUGCAACUGCGAAAGUCCUUCGUCUUCGCAGCUGAAAGUUGUAGAAUACAAAGCUGUAAUGGAGAAAAGGAUGUGGUUAGUUGCAUGUUGAGUUUGAUUAUGGACAUUGCUAAAGCAAAGGUUACUCAACUUAUUCAGAAAUUCCAAGCAUUGAUGAAUGAGAUUCUCCAAUCUUCGGAGAGAGAGGAGCUCACAGAAGAAAACAGAGAUGAGGCCGACGACAGAGUUCGGUCAUCCUUGCUUCUCUCUAUUGUAAUCCUCCUGAUUGUGGUUCUGUCAAGGUUUCACGGGGCUUGACAAUCACAAACUGAUGUACCAACAUUUCCCCUGCGCAUACAUUGAUUUUGUAUACAUAAAUAGGGAAUGUGACUUUCCAUUCACAUUUAUAUACAACUUAGUUGAUUAA